UUAUGAUUGUCGGCCAUAUUUGUGUGAAUUUCCGAAUCAUACGAAACGAAUAGGUAUUCGUUAAAGUUUAGUUUAAUUCAUUCGUACCUACCUAUUGUCGGGAGGACAGUUCAAUACAUACUGUUUUUUUUUAGAUUAAAUCUGAUCUGUCAACUUUUAUUACUAAGAUGCUGAAUUAAAUAUUAGCUCCCCAAAUUUUAAGAUAGUUGAAACGUCGAUAAUGAAGUGAUAGCUAGCAGUAACAUUCGUUUCUUGUGCCUACGUACUUCCUAGAAUGAUUAAUCUUUCGGGGCAAGGUUCUUCAGUAUUUUGAGCAUAUUAUUAUGAAUAAUAGUGACGUAUCGACCGAUGUGUGUUGUUAUCACGCGCCAGUGUGAACGCGAAGACUCGCGGUGAAGGUUCGAAGGGCCGCGGUGCUCAUACUCAUCGAAUACGAUAGACGACAUAACAUAGUGAUUAAUAAUUUGUUUUUCAACUGAUGGCCUUUGGUAGCCGUGUGGUUCGGACGUAGAGUGCUGCAAUGGCUCCAAAACCGCCUCCGCCUCCGGGUCCUCCGCCACCGCCGGGGCCUCCGCCUCCUCCAGUUUUCAGUGGAAGUGCGAAAUCAAGUUCAUCUGAUAACCGUGGUGCCUUGUUAAAGGACAUUAGACAAGGUACGAGAUUGAAGAAGACUGUCACAGUGGAUAAAAGUGGACCUUACAUACCUGGAAAGUCUUCAAGUGUGUUAAAUAAUAGUUCCCCAAGUGUUCAACCCACUCCAAGUGCUUGGAAUGGGGUGCGGAGUGCUGCCCCCAUACAGAAUGGUGGUGGUAGUGGACCUCCCGGUCUGGGAGGGUUGUUUGCGGGUGGGAUGCCGAAAUUGAGGCCUACAGGCAAAUUAGCAGGCACGACACCUAACGGCCAAGUAAAAAGCGAUGCUCCACGGUACCCCCCGCCUUCACAACCUCCCCCUCAGCCCCAGAAGCUGUCUCCGGACAGGUUCAGGCCUGGCGUUCCUCCCGCACCGCUUAGCAAUGUCAGUUCUCUGUCUGCGGCUUUGUCAGAUGCCAUCGCAGCAAGGGACUCGCCGAGAGAUCCCCCGCCGGCUCGGCCUCCAGUCAAGAGGCAGCCGAGCGAUAUAAGGACCAGGGGACCGCCGCCACAGCCCCCUGUACAGAAGUCGCCUAUGCCUUUGAGUUCAUCAGACUCCGUGUUGACGGGCGGGUCGAUAACGGACCGGAUCACGAGUCUGCAGCAGCAACAGUCGGAGCAGAUCAACCCUCAACAUGCCACGUUACACAGAAACAAGAGCUCGCUACAUUCCGCCGGACAAGGCGCGCUGGGUGGCAGCAUGACGUCACUGUCGUCUGCGCCCCCGACCCCCAGCCCCGCCCCCUCGCUCUCCGCCUCUGACCUCUCGGAGCGACCUCGACUGAGCUACGGGAAGCCGAACCUAGCGCCCAAACCCCCCUCGCUGGCUCCCUCGCCAGCCACUGAGAAGCCGUCACCGCCUUUGAAGAAACUCGUUAUCAAUGGGAAGGUAGCCACCAGGACACAGAGCAUGAGGGUGCCCAGAUCCCCGCCGGUGUCUCCCCCCUCCCCGCAGCCGGGCGGCGCCCCCCGCAGCAACCUCCCCCCGACGCCCGCGCACCCCCCCAUCGGCACCAAAGUACCCGCCAGCCAUUUUGGCACGCUGCGGGUGCCGCGCGGGCUGCGGCCCCCGGGCGUGUGCCCCCCGCCGCCCCCGGGGGCGCCGCCGCCACCGCCGCCCGCGCGCAACGCCUCGCUCAACGCCCCGCCGCCGCCGCCACCACACAACAGGCAGAAUAGCGCAGGCGCGACGGAGCCGCAGGCGCCGGCGCCGCCGCAGCGCGCGUCGUCGCUGAGCGCGCGCGGCGCGCUGGAGUCGCGCUUCGCGGAGCUGUUCCAGCCGGCCGCGCGCUUCCCGCCGCCCGACCCCUUCCUGCGCAUCUCCAAGGGCUACGGCAGCGCCUCCGUCGCCGCGAACAAAGCGAUGGCGCCGCCGCCGCCGCUGCGCGUGCCGCUGGGCGGCUGGUCGGGCACGUCGUCGGCGUGCUAGCGCGCGCGGGGGGCGCGUGCCCCCUCCCCCGGCCCCGCCCCCGCCCCCGGCCCCGCCCCCGCC